CAGGCCCUGGCACAGGCUGGGCACGUUGUGCUGUUGUGGGGAGCAGAGCUGGCCCUGUCCCCCCUCAUGGCAGGGCACCCCGGUGCCCAGAGGGAUUUUGGGGUGCUCAGGAGGGAGAGCUGCCAGGGGGAUGAAUGGUGCAGGCAGGAGAGGGGCUGUGUUUUCCUCAUUCAUCAAAUCUGAGUUAGUGGGUGGGCUUGGCCAGCCAGCCCCAGGGAUCCUGCACCCCCUGGGGCUUCAGGGGUUAAAUCAACACACCACAAAUUGAGGAAGAAGAUUAGGGAAUAAGCGAUCCUACUAAAUUCCUCGUGAUCCCAAGCCACGGGAAAAUGGGGUGAGGCAGUGUGAGUCACCCUGGAGAGGAGCAGCACAAGGGGAUCAGGCAGGAGGGGAGACCACCCGCUGUGGGCAGAGCAGCCAAGGAUCAGCGCCGUGAGCCUGCCAGGACCUGCCAAGGUCUUGGCUUGCUAGUGAUGGACAGCACCUCUUCUUCCCCUUCCCCCUUCUCUGCCAGCUGCCCCACGGAGCAGCCUGACAAUGCCACUGACCAUGACUACUACUCUGGCCUGCAGAAGACCAUGCACGUCCUCUCCAUGGUGGUGUACAGCAUCGCCUGUCUGCUGGGCGUGUCAGGGAACGGCCUCGUCAUUUGGAUUGCAGGCUUCAAGAUGAAGAAGACAGUGAAUUCCAUCUGGUUCCUCAACCUGGCCAUAGCUGACUUCAUCUUUACCUUUUUCCUGCCCCUCAGCAUCGCCUACACCGCCCUGGGCUUCCACUGGCCGUUUGGGAAGCUCCUGUGCAAGCUGAACAGCACCAUGGCCUUCCUCAACAUGUUUGCCAGCGUCUUCCUCCUGACGGUGAUCAGCAUCGACCGCUGCGUUUCCGUGGCCUUCCCCGUCUGGUCUCACAACCGCAGGAGCCCGGAGCUGGCGGCCAGGAUCGCGCUGGGGACGUGGCUCCUGGCUGUCCUGCUCAGCUCCCCGUACCUCGUCUUUCGGGACACCGUGGUCAGCUCCAGGAACGUCACCAGCUGUUACAAUAACUUCGCGCUGUCUGACGAUUACGCGUCGGAGGCGACGCGCAGGCUGUGGAGGAUGCGGCACAAAGCGAUGAUCGUCACGCGGUUCUUGUGUGGGUUCCUCAUCCCCUUCAUGGUCAUUCUCAUCUGCUACAGCGUCGUGGCUGUCAAGCUGAAAAGAAGGCAGCUGGCCAACUCUGCAAAGCCCUACAGAAUCAUCAUUGCUGUCACAGCCUCGUUUUUCCUCUGUUAUUUCCCAUAUCACGUCUUCUCCUUGCUGGAAAUAUCCAACAACUCUUCCAGCCAUGAGAUGAAACUGGCCCUUUACAUAGGGAUCCCCUUGGUUUCCAGCCUCGCUUUCUUCAACAGCUGCAUCAACCCCAUCCUGUACGUCUUUGUGGGGCCGGAUUUCAAGGAGAAGUUUCGCCAGUCCAUCCUGUCGACCUUUGAAGGGGCCUUCAGCGAGGAGUCGGUCCUGGGCAGCCUGACCAGCCGGCGCAAGUCCAGGUCUGCUUCGGAAGUGGAGGUCCCGAGGGUCUGAGCAGGGGCUGGUGUGGAAGGGACUGUUGUUUUCUCUGCAAUUUCCCUCAUUCAGAGCUCAAAUCACGGGACUGGGGACUGUGAAGGGCUGCACAUGCUAACGAGGUGUGAUUUUGUGUUUUGGAGAUGUCUCAAAUAUGCUAUGAUUUAACACACAAUGGGGAUGGAAGAACUCUCUGGAGCUGCAGCAAGGUGGGUCAAAGUAGCAGCAUUUUCCUCCUUGUGCCUUUUGACUCUCGUGUAUGGAGCCUUUAUAGAAAGAGGGUUAAAUGCAAUGGCUGUAUGUAUUUUUAUAGGGAAUGGAAUAGUGAGUAAGACACUCUUUUCUCUCCUCAAACAGGACAAAUCAGUGGUCGUGCUGCUGUUACUCAGAUUUGAUGUAUUUCUGAGCAACGCUUGUCUCUGUUUGUGUUUGACAUGUUUCCAGCUCUUAAAUAGCAGAGAUCUGAUACAUUGUGCUGUUGGUGAAUGAAUAUUGAUCCCAAAUAAACUUGUGUAAAACAUA